UUUUCGAAAAUAUUUGAACAGGCAUAUUCGUGUGCUACUACCACGGCACUGUUUACAUGCCCGUUACAAACUUAGCAUGUUAGCUAACUAAUUGAAGAUGUCUGAAGAGUCCUCAUUUGUGAGAAUAUUACAAAAGUAAUAUUGCCAUAAAAAUGACAGUAUUGUCAUCGUUUUACUGUAUAUUUUGCGUAGAACUUUACAGGAUAAUUUUCUAAUAAAUCAGCCAACGGUUUUGUUGUUUCCCUUUAACGCCGGUUGUUUUUAAACAAUUAUGCGUCUUCCUCGUUUACAAUGGUCGUGGAAGUAGAGAGUUUCUUCGGUGUGUACAUGUUGUACUGCACCAAUCCCAAAUUCAAAGGCCGCAUCUACAUCGGCUUCACCGUCAACCCGGAGCGGCGGAUCGGACAACACAACGCCGGGCGGCACCGAGGGGGAGCGAAGAGGACGAGUGGGAGAGGACCGUGGGACAUGGUCCUCAUUAUACACGGGUUUCCCAGUGAUAUUGCUGCUUUGAGGUUCGAGUGGGCGUGGCAGCACCCCCACUCGUCCAGGCGUCUGUCCCACGUCCCCCGGAGGACCAGGAAGGAGUCCAGCCUGCAGUUCCACUGGCGCGUGGUCUCCAACAUGCUGCGGGUGGCGCCGUGGAGUCGGCUGCCGCUCACGGCCCGCUGGCUCAAACAAGAGUACAGGAUGGACUUUGAGCCCGGCCUGCAGCCUCCCCUGCACAUCCCCAUCGCCUUCGGCAGCGUGAGGGCCAAGAAGAAGCAGCUCCCCCUGCAGCCUCCAGGGGAGGACGAGGAGACGUCCUGGUGUUUCCUCUGUAAGGGACUGGUCAAGGUGUCAGAUAAGCUCAGCUGUUUCCACCCGUCCUGUGGGAUGAGCAGUCACGUCACCUGCCUCGCCAGGCGUUUCCUGAAGUCGGAGCCGUCCCAUUUGCUGCCGGUGGAGGGCGAGUGUCCGUCCUGUCGUCGCUCGGUGCUGUGGGGAAGCCUCGUCCGCUACAAACAUGGCUGCUUUGGAGAUCUGGAGGAGACUGCGCCGUCUGCGUCCCAGAGCCACUGGACAGAUGAACUGCAGAUAUAAAGACAUGAAGACGUCAAAGAUCAAGUUCCUUUUUUAAUGAACUACAUUUUCAAAGCAAUGAAAAGGAAAAGGAAAAGGAAGAGUACCCAACAUCUCACAUCAUUUUUAUCACGUCAUCAUGAAUGGUGUCUCUUAAUGUGUAUUUAUAUAUAUGUUUGUAAUGUAUUAAAUUAUUUGAUGAAUUGUGACGAAUAAGAUGUUCUGCCCUGUUUUCUCAUGAUUUUCAUUUACGGAACAUACAAGUUUUACAGUAAGCUUUUCGUAAACUUACUGAUAUAGUAAAUUUGUGGGUGCGUUUUCAUGUCUUUUUUAAGUCUGUACACACUUUUGUGAUGUAAAAAUAAAUAUAACCCUGAAAAUUCA